GAUCACGGUCGUUUCACAGUGUUUCUCACUUAUUUCUUAAGAAGUUGCUAACCAAUGUCUUACAAUACUUCAUAGUAAUAGAAAACCGCAUCGAUUAGUAAUUGAUCAUCUCUAUUUUAUCUAGCAUAGUUUCAUAAUGACGGCCUUCGAGGAAUUCGGAGUGCUAUCCGAGUUGGGAAAGGCCAUCGAAGAAAUGGAUUGGAAUCUGCCGACUGAUGUCCAAGCUGAAGCUAUCCCACUAAUUUUAGGUGGCGGAGAUGUACUCAUGGCAGCCGAAACAGGCAGCGGUAAAACCGGUGCCUUUUGUUUACCAAUCUUGCAAAUUGUAUGGGAGACAUUAAAGGAUAUACAAGAAGGGAAGUCUACUAAAGUAAUAUCCCAAACUUCAUCCGAGUGGACAAUGUCGUUUUUUGAUCGAACGGACGCUUUGGCAGUUACUCCUGAUGGAACAAGAUGUCAAUCUCGUGACCAGCAGGGUUGGCAUGGGUGUAGAGCUACUAAAGGCGUCCAUACAAAAGGAGCUUAUUAUUAUGAGGCCACUGUCACGGAUGAAGGGCUAUGCCGUGUUGGCUGGUCUACUCAAGCGGCAAGACUGGAUCUGGGCACUGAUAGAUUGGGCUUUGGUUUUGGUGGCACUGGCAAGAAGUCCAAUGCAAAACAAUUUGAUGACUAUGGCAGUGCUUAUGGCAAGGGUGAUGUGAUUGGUUGCAUGUUAAAUAUCAAUCAUAGUGAGAUCAGAUACACAAAGAAUGGAGAAGAUCUAGGAGUAGCAUUUAAAUUAGACCAGGCACGAAAGUCGGACUGUUUCUUCCCUGCAGUUGUACUUAAAAAUGCUGAAAUGAGUUUUAAUUUUGGCGCUACCCCCUUUAAAUUUCCACCACCAAAAGAAUAUUUUCCAUUAAGUGUAGCACACAAAGAGUAUGUCAAGAAUAAUGUUGUGACAGCUACUGCUAUUUCAGAUAGCAAACCUGUGAAUAAUGCACCACAAGCCAUCAUCAUUGAGCCUUCACGUGAAUUGGCAGAACAAACAUGUACACAAAUAACAAAAUUUAGGAAGUAUAUAAACAGUCCAAGAGUACGGGAGCUGCUUGUGGUGGGUGGCAUUAAUAUUAAAGAUCAGAUCAAUCAACUUAAUUCUGGAGUGGACAUUGUUGUGGGUACUCCAGGCCGGCUUGAAGAUCUUAUUCAAGGAGGUUAUUUAGCAUUAACCCACUGUCGAUUCUUCGUGCUGGAUGAAGCAGAUGGUUUGUUAAAGGCGGGGUAUGGUGAACUGAUUGAAAGACUUCACCGCCAAAUACCAAAGAUUACGUCCGACGGCCGCCGAUUACAAAUGGUGGUGUGUUCCGCUACUCUGCACGCCUUUGAAGUGAAGAAGAUGGCGGAGAAACUGAUGCAUUUCCCAACUUGGGUGGAUCUCAAAGGUGAAGAUGCUGUUCCAGACACUGUGCAUCAUGUGGUCGCGUUGAUUGAUCCACAGAAGGAUCGCCUCUGGGAGACCCUGCGAAAGCACGUGCAAACUGACGGUGUGCACUCAAACGAUAAUAUCCGCAGUGGUAACACGACGCCGGAAACAUUAUCUGAAGCGGUGAAAAUAUUGAAGGGAGAGUACUGCCUUCGAGCCAUCAAGGAACACAAAAUGGACAGAGCCAUUAUUUUCUGCCGCACUAAACUAGACUGUGACAAUAUGGAGCGGUACUUGAAAUCGUAUGGUAACGAAUUUUCGUGCGUGUGUCUGCAUGGAGACCGCAAACCGGCCGAGCGCAAGGCAAACCUUGAAAAAUUCAAGCAGUCCCAAGUGAAGUAUCUUAUCUGUACGGACGUCGCUGCUAGGGGCAUCGAUAUUUCUGGUUUGCCUUUCAUGAUCAAUGUAACUCUGCCUGAUGAGAAGUCAAACUACGUACAUAGGAUCGGCCGCGUCGGCCGCGCGGAACGUAUGGGUCUUGCUAUUAGUCUCGUAUCUAAUGUACCAGAGAAGGUGUGGUACCACGGUGAAUGGUGUUCAUCGCGAGGUCGUAGCUGCUGGAAUACUAAUUUAAUUGACGACAGACCCAAGGGUUGCUGUAUGUGGUACAAUGAGAUGCAGUAUUUAGCGGACAUUGAGGAGCACUUGAAUAUCACCAUCCAACAGGUGGAAACCAAUUUGAAAGUACCAAGCAAUGAAUUUGAUGGUAAGGUUGUUUACGGUCAGAAGAGGAAACAAAUUGGCACUGGAUAUCAGGACCAUGUUACUCAAAUGGCUCCAGUUGUGCGUUCACUGCAAGAAUUGGAAUCUCAAGCCCAGCUUUAUUAUCUAAAAAUGCAUCAUAAUGUUACCGUUGCUUAAACGUUUCUAUGGAUAUUGAGAUCAUGCAUUUAAUCCCUAGAAUUAGGCACAGUAUUUAUAAAUGUAAUAGCUAACUGAGUAAAGAUUUGAUAUUUGUGA